AAAAAAACACUAUUAUUCUUGUGAGCGAAUAAAGAGAAAAGCCUUUAAGAACACGAGAAGACACGGGAUAUGUGACCGACUUCACAAGAUUUAAUAUGUUCAAUCAAUUGAGAUGGGCCGAGGGAAGUUGUUUGCAAAAUAUUUACACAAAUGACUUUCGAUAGCGUAACAUUUUAAUUGUUACGCUAUCGAAACUUGAAUAGUUUCGAUAGCGUAACAAUUAAGCACGACAUCGCUACUACAUGAGUGUCAAUGUCAACACAAGGACUACCCAGGGCGUUUGUUUUGUCUGUCAUUUCAUUAGUCGUAGCGUGUGGUGUGCGACCAAAAUCCGCGUGUGAUUGAUUUAAUUAUUUUAUUUAUCACAUUAAUUAAAAUAACGAAAUGUAUUUGCGUUAUUACUUAAACGAGAAUGGUGACAGGCAAUACACCUUGGCGACUAUUGAUCCCCAAGGAAAGCCUACACUUUCUGCUCAUCCAGCUCGGUUCUCUCCUGAAGACAAGUACUCUAGGCAAAGGAUAACAAUCAAGAAGAGAUUUGGUCUUCUAAUCACGCAGCAGCCAGAGCCUAUUCAUUAGAUUUAUUAUAAGACAUUAAUUAGAUUAAGCCAUUAAUUAGGAAAUCUUUUAAAUUAUAUUUUGUUACUUCUUGAGAAUAUUGUAAUUUGUUGUUCCAGUUAAUCUGGUAGGAACCAGUAAAACUGUUGAAUGUAAAAAUAUGAAUUUGUGGUAAAUAAACUUGAAAUUUGUCACUUAUGCAUAA